AUGAUUCUGCCAAGGAUUACGGCACUUCCUGCCUUGAUUUUAUUGACACUCUUUUCAUCGCUCACAUGGGCUGAUAACUUGCAUUUCAAGCGUGAACUUCAUAAACGUGGAAUCUCUGUCAAGCCAAAUGAUUUGGACGGCAAGACCUUUGACUAUGUGAUUGUCGGUGGUGGUCAAGCAGGUUUGGUCGUUGCUUCCCGGCUCAGCGAAAACAGCCAAAUCAAAGUUGCUGUAAUUGAAGCCGGAACCGCGGGCACCGCCAAAAAUGAGACUGAUCGUAUUGAGGUCCCUGCUGCCAACCUGUACAAAUCAGGUGUCCGUACCCCCCUCGACUGGCGUUAUUCUACGGUGGAACAGCCUUACAUGAAUAAUCGGGCUGCUAGCUGGCCUCGAGGCAAGGUCCUUGGUGGUAGUUCCGCGAUUAAUGGAAUGUACUACAUUCGUCCUACCACUGCCGAGCACCAUACUUGGGGCCAACUGAUUGGUGAUACGAAGACCUGGGGAUGGAACUCUAUGCUGAAUGCCUACAAAAAGCUGGAAACAUAUGCUCAUCCUGUUGACAGCGUGGCCAAGGCUGACAACAUUCAAUGGGAUGACGCGUCGCAUGGCGGCAACGGUCCAAUCUAUGUUUCUUACCCUGGCUAUACAUAUCCUCCUGUUGGAGACUUCAUUAACACGAGUUCCACUGUGGCUGUUCCUUUCACAUCUAAUCCAGAUGGCGGCAAUAACACGGGCACUUUUGUGGCUACAUCAAACAUUAAUCCGACGAACUGGACUCGCAGCUGGUCACGCUCCGGCUACAUUGACCCAAAUGUGGCCCGCAGUAACCUUGUUAUUUUGACAGACCACCAGGCGACUCAAAUUUUGUUUGAUACCAGUAACUCGAAAAAUGUGAAGGCUACGGGUGUUAAAUUUAAGCACGACCGCAAUAGCCGUGAGUAUACUGUCAAUGCUGGCCGUGAGGUUAUUUUGAGUGCAGGAUCUAUCAACACGCCUCAACUUCUUCAGCUCUCCGGUAUUGGAGAUGCAAAGUUCCUUCAAAGCAAGAAAGUAAAUGUUGCUGUUGAUCUCCCUGGUGUCGGGUAUAACCUUCAUGACCAUCUGUCGAGUAAUGUUCAAUGGUCUCCUAAGAAUGCAUCUGAAAUCCCCCCACAGGACAUUACAGGUAACCCAGAGCAAGAUUCAUUUAUCAACUCGGCUGUGGCCUAUGUGCCUGGCCCAGGUAUUAUGAAAGAUCAAUGGAACUCUUACAUUGAUUCCGUGAAAAACAACCAAACUAAUGCAGUAAAUGCCUACGAUGCACCAGAUCCUGUGAAAAGUGGCUAUAAUCUCACGUAUUCCACUGUUCUGAACCUUCUCCAGAAGAAUGUUCCGGCGAUUGAGAUCCUCUUUUCCCUCACUUUCGGAAAUAUCCAGGUUCAACAUGCGAUUCAGCAUGCAUUCUCACGUGGUUCGAUCCUUAUCAACACUACUGAUCCAUUUGAUUAUCCACUUGUGGACCCUCGCUACUUGGAGCAAAGCUCUGACAUGGAUAUGCUUCGCGCAGCUCUUGGCGUUUCGCGCUCUAUUGGUGCAACCCAGCCCUUGAAUGGUCAUCUCGACCAGGAGUCAAAACCCGGCUCUAAUGUCACUCAAGAUGCUGAUAUCGAUAACUAUAUUCGCUCAAUAGCCGGUACUGAGUACCAUCCUUGUGGUACGGCGGCUAUGCUACCCCAGGACAAGGGCGGUGUUGUGGACAACAAACUCCUGGUAUAUGGAACUAGCAACCUGCGUGUGGUUGAUGCAUCUGUCAUUCCAUUUGCACCAUCUGCACAUCUGAUGUCUGUCAUCUAUGCAACAGCGGAAAUCGGCUCGGAGAUUAUCCACCCAGAAUAA